AUUUUUAGCAAGAGCAAGUGACAGCAACGUCAAAUCGACAAUGAAUAACAUUCGAAUUAGAAGUUCUUAUUAUAAUUUAAAUAUAAUAUCUGUAUUGUUUUGUUUUUCUUGACAAGAGAUAUUCAUUAUUUCGAAAUAUUGUAGACUUGUACCUACGUUGUUAUCUUGUCAUUUGAGAUUUUUGAGUUAAUUGUUUUACAUUUGUGAAGAAAAUGAUUUCUUUUCAACGGCUUUAUCAUGUUUCUUGUGUAGCUUUCAAUUUGAGGAAGCAAGGAUUAAAACUAUGUAAAAUGGUGAAUCCGAAGAAUAAAAGGCAGUGGCACCCCACACAACAAUUCUUCGAAAAUACUUUACCGACUGUAAAGAGUCUGACGGCACAGAAACACGAGCCUGGGAAGCGUGGUAUGCGGCGCACAGCCAUGCUGAACAAAAUGUUUAUGAAAUAUAUAACUGACUUGAUAUCUACGGGCACAUCUGCUUUGGAUGUAGUAGGACGAGGAAUUGAGAUUUCUAGAGUAAAUGUCACUCCAGAUAUGAACACAGUGAAUGUGUUCUGGGUUUGCAAAGGCACUGCUUCGGAUGCUGAAAAUGAGAAGAUAUUGAACAAAGUAGCCGGUGGCUUGAGACGCGAGCUGUCCACACUCAGGGUCAUGGGAGAGGUACCCUACAUUAUGUUUGUAAAAGAUAAACAAGAAGCUCAUCUAGUAGACUUGGACCGUCGUUUGGCAAUGGCUGACUAUGGUGAGGACUAUGUCCCCACAGACUAUGGACAGUUGCUGAAGUCUGAAUUCACUCUGAAUACCAAAUUAUCACCAGAGUUGAAGGCUAAAAUAAAGCAACUAGAAGAUGAUCUACCAGUCUUUGAGGAUCCAUUGCCUGAGAUGACUCACAGCAUAUUUGGGCUGGACCAUGCGAAGAUAAUGAGCCGACUGCUGGCAGCUAGGAAGAAGAGCCACGAUGCUUGGAGCACCGUCAACACGGCAAAGUCACCUGAUGUGAUAUCCUACAGAGCGACUCCUAAUACAGUACCUGAUGUAGUUGGCAACCAGAGAAAGGAGCUGGCUGACUUCUUACUGCAGAGACAGAUUCUUCAAAAGAAGCUUUCGAAGCGGAACAAGCAAUUGUCUCAGGUGGAGUGGCUGCUGACGGAGAAGGAGGGGGAUGGGGAUGGGGAGAGCGAGGGGGCGGGGCUGAAAGAGUUGGAGGAGGAGAUGGAGGUAGAGGACGCUGAGGAGGACGAGGAGUACGAGGACGAGGAUGACUACAACUACUACACGGGAUACAGCGAGCUCACCGACCUCUCCAGCGAGUCUCCCAAGGAAUCUAAUCCGUAGUCCUCAAUAGAAUACCAAUAAAUUAUAUUAUUUGUAGUAAUUA